AUGGCAGCUAGUUUGGCGGAAGUAAAGGUCAAUAAGAGAAGUAUCGGGGAGUUGGAGGACAUAACCAACAACGAUGGGUACCAUAAUAAUAAGAAGAUGAAGAUGAACAUGAAUUUCAAAAGCAUGUAUUUCAAGAACGAGGGCGAGGAGAGGAAGCGUCCGCAACAACAGAGGUCGCCAUCGCCGUCGGACAUGUCUUCGUCGUCGCCCACGAAGCCGAGGUCGAAGUCUGUGACGUUUGAGUUGUCGCAAAACAAGCAAUACGAGAACUCGCCGCUUUUGACGCCGAAAGACGACGACGACGACUAUAACGACGGCGUGGAAGGGACUGAGGAUGUGGGCCAGGUGGAGGCAUCAAACGAGACGCAGAAUGAGAAUCCUGGAGCACGGUUGGGCACCAACUGUGAUUAUCUCGCGUUGACAUCCUCGUUGCGCUUGUUAAACACCAACAAGGGCAAGAUUGAAAGGGAAAUCGUGGACUUAUCUCAGAUGUUGGACUUCCACACCAAAAACUCCGAUAAAGGAGAAAUAAUUGACUUUUUCUCGAAGUUGGUUGAUAACAAAUUGAAUUUGCCCCAGCAAAACAAGAUUUUGAGAUGCCCAUUAAUCGACUGGUCCAAGUACCACAAUGGCUUGACCAACGUAAGUAAAGAGAGUUUUGAAGCUUGCUCAAACGAAAAACUGUUGUUCAGAACUCUCAACUUGUUUAAUUCAAAAUAA